UUGUGUGCGCACCGUGCUGUGGAUGCUGUGGAUACUGUGGAUACUGCUGCUGCUGCUGGUGGUGCUGAUGAGAGAGAGGAGCGGCAGGUACGGAAACCUUGGCAACGGAGCUUGGAUGCGCCUUGAAGCUUUUCUUUCUUUUUUUCUUUUUUUUUGUAAAGAACAUUUUCCUCCUAAACUCAGCUGUCACUCGUACAUGUGGCCUUAUGAUCACCUGUAUUGCUGCUCUUAAAUGAAAAACAGAUUCACCAAACAAAAGAAGGAGUGAUUCCAAAGUGCUCAGCGGCUGCGCGAGACAAGAAAAAGAAAAAGAAGAAAAAGAAGAAGUACUAAUAGAUUUGCAGCUGAUGAAGAUGGGCAAAUGGGUUUUGUCGCGAUGGGAUUGGAGUUGAAGAACACGUAAAAGGCUCAGAAGUCAACAUUUGUGUGUGUUGAGAUAACUUGAAAAGGCGUUAUUUAUUUAUUUAUUUAUUUAUUUAUUUAUUUAUUUAUUGUUGGACCGCUGGGAUGUUGUGAGUGACGCGUCGACUGGGACAGAAGGAGCGGGGACGCAGAAGGAACAGAGGGGAACCAGGGCUGGACGCGCACCGGAGGGAUUAUGGCUCUCGCAACGUUUUCUCUCAGCCUCAUCACGCUGGUGCUUACAAACUUGCACCUGUCGAGAGCCAGCAACCGGCAUGCAGUGUACUGGAACAGCUCAAACCUCCUGCUUCGGAAGGAGGGCUACACAGUACAGGUCAGCGUCAACGACUACCUGGACAUCUACUGCCCGCACUACAACACCAGCCAGCGGGGGACACUAGAGCGCACCGUGGCCGAGCAGUACAUCCUCUACAUGGUCAGCUAUAGAGGCUACCGCAGCUGCGACCCUCAGCUGGGCUUCAAACGGUGGGAAUGCAACCGGCCCCACGCGCCCCACGCACCCAUCAAGUUCUCAGAGAAGUUCCAGCGUUACAGCGCCUUCUCUCUGGGCUACGAGUUCAACGUGGGCCAGGAGUACUAUUACAUCUCCACACCCACCCACCACCACGGCCACAGCUGCCUGAGACUGAGGGUCUACGUCUGCUGCUCCACUGUCUCCCAGGCAGAUGAUGACUCCAGUCAGACUUCUCCCGACUACACAGUCAGGCCAAACAUCAAAAUACACAACAUUGAUGAAUUUAACCCCGAAGUUCCCAAACUGGAGAAAAGUGUCAGCGGCAGCAGCCCAUCACGUGACCGCCUUCUUCUCACCGUGGGGAUGCUGCUCGUGUCUGCCGUGCUUUUGUCCUAGCGACUGUAACCGAGAGCAACACCUCAUACAUAGCUGGACCGCCUUGUCCAAAGGGCUUUGUAUCCAUGAUGGUUUUGGAUGGAAAAGCUUGGAGAAACACAGGAGUGAGUCGAUUAGAGGCGCAGCAGAACCACAUACAAAGUCACAGAAAGAAAAAAAACAAAAAACAAAAACAAACAAACUUGAACUUAACUUACUAGACUUAAAAAAAAGGAGAGGCCUUUUUGCUGUCAUAUUUACACCUGUGUGUUUUGGUCUUGGACAUCAUAGUCAUACAAAUACCAGAACAUUUCAUGCCGGUGUGUUUUUACCACAACAUGGAGACCAACAUCAGAAUGAGACUUCUGUGCUGUUAUCACGUCUGGCAGCCAAUUAUGAAGUGAGAAAGCGGAGUUGUGGAGGCGGAUGUAGACUACACACUUUUAUCGUAGCAUGGAUAUCAGUCACCUGAGGAAUUUAAGCAGAGUUGUCUUCGGCUGAUGAAAGCAAGGUUUUUGGAAGUGUGGGCUUUGAAGAGGGCAGCAAAUGUAGACUUUGCAGUGGAUUUUUAGGCCUUGGACUAUGGACCAAGUAUGCUGAUGGAUUACAUUUUACUUUGAUCUAGUGAGGAGGAGAAGCCGGACUCUGGAACUGUCCUGAUCUUACCUGGGUUACACAGGAUAUUUCUAUAAUCAGUCAAUGAUGAGAACUGCCGCCAUUGUCCUGGACACUGAGGAAUGUUUUCACAUUGAUGUGAAGGAUUGCUGGUUACACGAAUUCAAGGUGUUUCUCAAAAAAAGAGAGAGACUUUGUGAGGAUAUCCACAGGCCUUUCAAGAAUCCAUUUUCACCAAACAUCAAAUAUACCCCUGGCUUUGUGAUAGGUACAGAUGCAAAACCUGCAUUUUUAGCGGAUAGUGAGUGCCUCUUAGAACUAGUCCUUUGUCUGCAUUUCCUGCCUUCAGACUGUAACAACCCUAGAAAAAUACAGACCCUGGACUAGUAAUUUGACGGCACUUAGAUGUGGUAGAUGUGGUAGAUAUGUGUUUUGUUCCGAUGCAUUUACCUUCAGCACUUGGCGUAGAUUUUCCGGAUGUCAGACCUUUCUCCCUCGCAGCAAUCAGCGGAGUCAUUCAGAAUACCACUAAUUUACAACUCUCAAGCCUCUCUCGGCAUCAAGUUUCCCUUUUAAUCCCAGACAACCCGCGUCUGUUCCUUUUCCACUUCAGAGGUUCCUAGCCAAUCAGUACUGAUGGCCAUUACAGCAGUCAUGGUCACCGUGGAAACGACCCCAUACAGUCGCCAGAGUGCGGCAGGUGCCUGAGGAGAAUUUGUGCUUUGAGUCUCAAAGUGACGCUGCCGCCAUUUUGUUUUAAAAAAAAACAAGAAAACAAAACCAAAAAAAAUGAAACAAAACACAAAAAGAAUAAAAAAACAACAACAACAACAAAAAAAAACCCGAACACGUGUGAAUGUGCAAAUAAAGAGUUCACUUUUUUAUAUUGUAAUACAGGACAACGUAGGCUGGCAUUAAUCAGAUUACAAUGUGUGCUUUUUUAAUUUAUUUACUUUUCAAAUGUAUUUAUUUUAACAUUAAAGUAUAUUAUUUAUCUACCUAAUUUAUUAGUGUGCAUUUGUAGGCCUUUGCUCAAUAAGCUAUUGUGCCAUUUUUUAUUAUUAUUUUUUCUUAAACAGUGGAAUUUUUACCGCAGCAUAUGCUUAUGUAGAUAAAUAGUCAGAUGUAAUUCAGCCUGACAAAGAGAAGGUAAUUGGUUAUGACUAAUCAGUAGGGACAUACUCUCAUGUAACAGAUACAGCUAACCAGAUUAUGUUGCUGAAGAGCUUGUCAUAAACCAACUGUGAAUGCACAGACAGGGCCGAUGUUGAUGGAAGGGCAGCAUUCCUCAAGUGCUGCACUCAUGAAACAAAGGAGUCUGCAUUGUAAUGUAUAUUUAUAAUACAUGGCGGUUAUGGAAUGUUUGUGUAAAAGUGUGUGCGAGUGUGUGUGAGGCUUUCUCUGUCUGCUUUCUUGGGUGUAUGUGUGUGUGAUUGUGUGUGAGUGGGAGGGAGAAAGCGAGCAACAGAAAAAACAUAUGUGUGCACAUUUGGGUGCGUAUGUAUGUAGAAUGUGUUUGUCCGCGCUUUCGAGUAUGUGGCAUUUAGAAAUUUCGUAUCCACUAAGGAGUCAUUUGUAGGAUCUGAAUAUGCAAGUGUGUAUGAGAGAAUGUGCUCUUCUGUAAUGUUAGUUUACGUUACGGGGUUUGGGAAGUGGGCGAAAAGCAUUUACUAAUGUUGAAGACAACCACACGCAAUGUGUUUACCUUUGACAAGAAUGAAUAAAAAAGCUGUAAAUUGAACCAAGAAUGAUUAAAACAUUGCCAAUUAAAAAGUUUUUGCAAAUUUA